AUGGUUCUAAUAUGCGUGGAAAACGCAAUGGAUUGCAAAAAAAAAAUUUUGGAAAUGAAUAAUCGCGCAUUUUACGUUCCAUGCUCAGCUCAUAGUCUCAAUUUAGUAGUCAAUGAUGCAGCAAAUAUUACGCACGAAACUGUGAAUUUUUUAAAUAUAAUUCAAGAAAUUUACAUUUUCUUUUCAUCGUCUACAAAAAGGUGGUCGAUAAUUGUCAAACAUUUACCAGAUUUCAAAUUAAAAGCUUUAAGUGCCACGCUGUGGUCAAGCAGAAUCGAUGCAGUCAAACCAUUAUGGUAUCACCUCGAAAAAAUAUUUGAUGCUUUGCUGGAAAUAUCUGAUAAUUCGUCGGAAUGGGUUUGUACUACAUCUUACAAAGCUCAUUCGCUUGCUUUGAACAUCCAAAAUUAUAGAUUUAUUUGCUCGAUUGAAAUUUGGUUUGAUAUUUUAAACGAAAUUAAUGCUCUGAGCAAAAUGAUGCAAAGUCCCAUAAUAAAUACUCAAAUUUGCAUAAAUUUGUUAAAUAAGUUGGUUGAUAAGUUCACAGAAUAUCGCAUGGAUGAACACUUUGAAAGGGUGUUAGAAGAAGCUAGCAAUGUGGCUCACGAACUCAACGUAGAAACAGAUUUUCCACCAAUAAACACAAUUCGUCCAAGAAGAAAACCAACACAAAUUCAAUAUGAACAUAGUGAUGAAGUUUUACUAGACCCCAAAAUCAAAUACUAA